AUGGCGGGCCCCUGCACGGCCUGUGGUGAGUCGCCUGCUGGUCAGCAGGAGCACACCGAUGCCGACAGCUGCGUUGACACAGCAGCAGGGCCAACUUCCCAUGCGAAACAGAGCAGCAGCAGCAGACGCAGCAACAGGAGAAACGGCCACGACGGGAAUGGUAGCAAGCUCCGCGAGAUGAAGGAGCUGCAUGCUUCAUUGAAAGCCGAGCACUGGGCCAGCAGGCGCAGUACCUACCGCAGCAGCAGCGGAAGCAGUAGCAACAGCAGCGGCAGAUUCCACGUCAAAGGCAGGGCCGACGGCAACGCGAACAUUAGGGAGGAUUCAAGGCGACGCAGCCGCUACCGUGAGCAGCAGCAACCGCAUCAGCUGCUGCUACCGCACCAGCAAGUGCAACCUAAGGAGGAGCCGCAGCAAUCAAAAGAACACCAACAGCUUCAGUGCACGAAGCUGCAUCUGGGCAGCAGCAGUAAGAGCAGCUCCUCUGGCGCUGCAAGGCCUGCUUCUGGCAGCAGCAAACGCCCGAGCACUUUGCUGCGCCGCCUGAGGGCUUUGGAGGAGAAGCUGUUGCUGCACCGCGACCCUCCUGAGAACAGCGGCAGCAACAGCGGCAACAGCAGCGCCGGAAGAGGUAGCACUGCUGCAGGCCCGAAUCUAGUUAGUGCGCUGCAGCAGCAGCAGCAACAGUGGCGAGAGUCGACAGAACCAGCGUCUGUAGAAGCAGCUGCUGCUGCCGAUAGAACCAGCCCCUCGUGGCUUCAGGAAAAGUUGCUUGGAGCCGCCGCAGGUGGAACCAGCAGCAGCAGCAGCAGCAGCCACAGCAGCAAUUGCAGCGGCAGAUGCAGCAACAAAGGCGGAGACAGCUGCUGCAGCUUGACUUUGAGUGACAUAGCUCGCGGUGUAAGCCCUGCAGCAGCAGCAGCAGCAGCCACGGCAAACGACGAAACGCAGCGGAAGGCCAACACAGAACACAGCAGGCUUUUGCAGCAGCAGGAGGAGCAACAGCGGCAGCAGCAGCAGCACCAGCGCUUGCAAGAGCAAGAUUUGCUGCUGCUGCCUAGCAAGGUAUACAGGUCGGAGAAGAGACGCAGCAGCCGUAAAAGCCUCCGAUGGAAGCAGCAGCUACAGCUAGAGAAGCAAGAGCAUGACACGCAUGACAUCCUGAGCAGCAGAGCUUCAAGUAGCCUCAGUUUGCAGCAGCAGCAGCUCAUACUGCUGCAGCAGCAGCACCACGAGCUUUCUCUGCUACUAAAGCAGCAACAGAAGCAGCUGCCGCUGCAGCAGCACUCUCGGUACGACCGGUACACGACUCCAGCAACAAAAAAAGAAAAAGUAGCAGCAGCGGCAGCGGCAGAAACGGCUGCUCCUGGUGCUGCUGUCCGCGGCAGCCAGUUGUCUUCUCUUCAAGAAGAGCUGCGGUGUCUGAGGGAUCGACUGUUGAAGCCGCUUCACGACGCCCGUGCGACAGCUGCUGCAGCCCCCCAACAACAGCAGCACAUGGAAUGGCAGCAGCAGCAGCAGCAGCACUAUCCGGAGCAGCAACAGCGACAGCAGCAUUUGCAGCAACAGCAGCAGCAACAGCAGCAGCAGCGAAAGCGAACUGAAUGUGACGUGCAGCUGAGCGACCCACUUGCAAGGCCCCUUGGGGACUUCUUGGGGUCUCAGAUGCCCAUCUCUAUCUUAAACAGAAGCAGCAGCGGCAGCAGUUGCAGCAGCAGCAGUGUUGCUGGGCUUGGGCCGCUGAGCCUCUGCCAGACUGGCGACAGUGGGCUGCAGCCACCAAGGCCACAGCAGCAAAAGUUUCAGCUGAAGCAGCCGAAGCUGCUGCCGCGGGAGCUGCAGAGCUCAGCGGGGAAGGCGGCGACUGAUGUGGCUGAAGUUACUGAUGCGGAAGCAGCAGCAGCAACAGCAACAGCUAGAACGGAAAGUGAGACCGUUUCAGGCCCACUUUCCCAUUCGCAGCAGCAGCUGCAGAUCUCUCAUGAGAAACAGCAGCAGCAACAUCAGACCCAGCAGCAAAAGCGCAGCCAGCAACAGCAGCAGCAGCUGGAGGAGGGCAAGCAGCACCUGCAAGGCGACAGUGCAGAUGUGACUUCUGCUGCUCUGCCCGUCACGCGAUCUUCAGCGCCCUGGGGUGCUCAGGAGAGACGCGACACUGCUGCUGCUGCUGCUGCUACUGCUGCUGUUGUCGUGGUGCCUUCCCACGUAGCAGAGCGCCAGCUGCGCAGCGCUGAUUCCGAUUACCGUGCUUCCCUGUCUGCAGCGGAUGCUGCAACAGCAGACACCGCAGGAGGCGAAUGCACAGGCAGCAAUGCAACAGAGGUAGCAGCAGAUGAAGCAGAGCCUACUGCAGCAGCAGCAGCACCUGCCUCAAGGGCGCAUCCUGCGGUUGUGUAUUCCAAGCCGUUUUCGCAGCAGAAAAUGCACCGAAGACCCGUUGCUGCAGCUGCAGCUGCUGCCAGUGCUGCUGCUGAAGAAGCUUGGUGCGAGCCGCCUAGUGCAGCAGCUCAUGUAGUGCCACGGGAGCUGCGGCAGCCGAGUUCCCCCGCUGGCAGCACGCGGCGCCACCCAGUGUCCACGGCAGCGGCAGCAGCAGCUAACGACGCUUCACUUCCUACUUUGCUGCUGGUGCGGCGGCCAACUGCUCCUGCUGCUGCUGCACGGGGAAUUCAUCAGACUGCGUCCUUGCGCUCAUUCCAAGAAACAACGCUGCAACAGGAGCAACAGAAGCAACAACAUCAGAUCCAGGCGCAACAGGAGCUGGAUGGAACUGCCGCUGCUGCUUGGAAGGAUGACUUUGAAUGCCGCGAAAAGCAGCAGCAACAGCAGCAAUCGCCGCAGCAGCAACAGAACCGGGAGCAGGCCACGCAGCAGUGCACUCUUCAGAAGGCCAAGCUGCAGCCAAGUGGAGAGUUGGCGCUCGGUAAGGCAUUGGAGGAGGCAGAGUCUCAAAAUCACCACCGGCGGCAACUGCAGGAGCAGCAGCAAGAACAACGGGAGCAACUGCAGUCAUCGCUAACCACCGAACGCCCUGCUGCUCAUAUUGUGAGCGACCGGCCCAGGGAGAGCAGCAGCAAGGAAAGCAGCGGCACCUUCACUGUGUUCUCACCACAACGGAAGUCAUUGGCUGCUCCAGUUCCGGCAGCAGAAGGAGCAGCAACAGCAACAGCAACAACGGCAGAAACAGCAGCAGCAGUGACAGGCGUGCCAGAACAUGAAGCGUCCGUGGCAGAGUUAGCAGCAGUCCCCUCAGCAGCAAUGGCAGCAGCACCACCAGCAGCAAACUUGACCGCUGUUUCAACAGUCGAAGCCGUGUCAGAGCCAAAGGCCACUGCAGCAGCAACAGCAACAACUGCUCCAAAAGCAGAAACAACAGCAAGAGCAGGAGCUUCAGCUGAAACGAUGGGAACGCCACCAUCUGCGGCGGUGCGGCGUAGCCGUUCAUGGGGUUGCGAAUGCAGCAGCAGCAGCAGCUUCAGCAGCAGCUUCACCAGCAGCAGCAAACAGGAGCUGCAGCUGCUUACAGACCUUGUAGGGCUUACUGAUGCCGCUGAUGUGCUUCUCGCAGCUAUAGGGGGUGAAGACGAGAAGCUGCUACCACUGCUACAAAUGUCCAGGGGGCCCCUGGGGCCCCCGUGGACCACCAAGCCGAUUGCUAGCCCUCGGGCUCCUCCUGAAGCGCAUUUAAGCUAUCAGCAGCAGCAUAAGCAGUUGCAGAAGCAAAAGCCGCCGCAGCAGCAGCAGCGAAGAGGGCAGCAAGAAGUGGAGGAGCGGCAUGGCGACCAGCGGAGGCCACGACGGGAGCAGCAGCAGGCAGCAGCAGUGCAUGACGACGUCAAGCAGCAGCUAUAUAGGCAGCUGGAAGAGUUGCAGCAGACAGCGCUGCUGCGGGCGGGAGCCUCAGGCGCACCUGUGGUCCCACCCGGCGUUGUCUCCGCAGGUGAAGGACUUCUUGUUAGGUCUUCUUCCUUCAGCAGAAGCAGCAGCAGCACCAUUAGCGACGGAGCUGCUGCGGCAAGUACUGCUGCUGCGCCUCCCCACGCUGAGUUUUGUGAUACACCUGUCGUGGGGCCUUGCUGCAGCUUGGUGCCGACUCCGCAGCUUUCACCGACAAGCAUGCAGCAGCAGCAGCAGCAACACCCGCUGCAGCACCAGCAGCCACCUGCUUUGUUGCCCUGGCAGCUGCAGCAAAGUCACCUUCAGGUGGCAAUGCAGCAGCGCUCAAGAGAGUGGGUGCAGCAGCAACAACAGCAGCAACAGCAGCAACAGCAGCAACAGGAGAUGCUCCGCAACCCCUGGCCCAUGCCUGCUCUCCCCAGCAACUCGCCCUGUAUUUCCCCAUUUUCAAUUUCAAUUCAGCAGAAGCCGAAGCAGCUGAGUGCGCAGGAAGCAAAGCUGCUGCCCGCUUCAGAACCUGCUGCUGCAGGAGCAGCAAACAAAGACUGCACUGCAGGGACCCCCAGCUUGGCCUUCGAGAGUGGCUUCACAGAUAUUGGGGUAUUGACAACAGCAACAGCCACACCUGACGCGGCGUCUGCUGCUGCUGCUUUCGACUGCGGCCCCGCUGUAGCUGAUGACGCAGCAGGAGGCACAGCAGCAGCAUCUCGCGCCUGCAGGCUGCUUUCCGAGGGAGAAGUGAUGCCAGGCGAGCAUAGCGGCCUCUCAGGUGUACGUACACCUGAAGAAGGCUCUGCAAUAGCAGCACCAGCAACAACCCCACAUUCACUUGUAGAAACAGAAGAAGAGCAACUCGGUGGUGCAGCAGCCCACAGUGUAACGGCGCCUGCAAACGUCUCGCCUGUGCUGGCAGCUGCAGCAGACGAGCCUGCUCGAGGCGCAGCAGCAGCUGCUGCUGCAGUUGCUGCUGCCGCUUCAAAAGCACAAAGGCAGCAGGCCCUUGAUAAAUUCAGAACCCUACAGCAGCAGUCUCCCGCAACAUUGCUGUCACCGAGAGACAAGAGAGAGGUUCAAGAAGCCUUGCAGCGGCUAUGCCUCAUCGCUUCGCAAAAGCAGCAGGAGCAGCAACAGCAGCAGCAGCAGCAGCAACAGCAACGCCAACAGUUACAGCAGCAGCAGCAGCUGCUGCAGCAACACCAACGACAUCAGUUGCAGCAGCAGCAGCAAGAGCAGGUGCAACAGGAGCAGCAGCAGGAGCUUCAAGGGCAGGAGCAACAGCAGCUGCAGCAGCAGCAGCAACAGCAAGUACAGCAGCAGCGGACACAUGGCCGCCGGCGUUUCUCUGCAAUCCACCUGAGCAAGAGCCCUAGAAGAUCGUUAGCAGAGAACACCACGGGUCCUGCACCGGCUGCUGCAGCCGCGUCCGCAGCCGCAGUAGUGAAGGCGACAGCAGCAGCAGCGGCUGUGGGAACAGAAGCAACGGCAGAGAAGACACAGGAAGCAAUUGCUAGCCAUAUUUAUGCUGGGCCGGAAGCAGCGACACCAGCAGCACCGCUGCCCCCGUCUUCAGUUCUAGAUGAGCAGCAGACCUUCAGGGCCCAACUGCAGCGCCAGCAGCAAACAAGAGGCCGUGCUGCUCAGCUAGGCCUUCGUCUUCUUGCUGCUGUUCGCGGAGGACGCAGCCGCAGCAGCCACCGUAAGCAGAAGGAGCGGCAGCAGCAGGUGGAGCAGCAGCAGCAACAUAUGGCCCAGCAGCAAGAUACCCAGGCCAUUGACAGCAGAAGACUCCCCUUAGCCGCAGACACAGCUACAUGCUUCGCGUUUGGGCAGCAGGAGCAACAGCAUGAGCAGGAGCAGCAGCAUCUGGACCAACUGUGGCACCAGCUGCUACAGCAGCAGCAGCAGCCGCAGCACCUGCUGCCGCUCCAAAGUUGGGGUGUCCCUGUGCAGCAUUCGGAACCUUUUCCGUCUUGCGUAGCCGCGGAAGCGCCUUAUGCAGUUCAAUCUCUUGCUGCUGCUGCAGCAUCUGGUGCAGCAGCUGCUGGAACUGCGUCCGCUGAUGGGAACGCAAACGUCGGCCGAUAUUUCUCACUUGCGGAAGCGUCAAAGGGAGUGACUGCUGUGGAGCCACAGCGCAGCAGCAGCAGCAGAAGCAUAGGUGCAGCAGGUAUAGUCGGUUCAGGCGCCGCGGGCAGUUUGCCUCCAGUACAGCGGAGUAACAGCAGCAACAGCAGCAGCAAGUUCUCCUUAAGCCGGAUAUUUAGGAGGAGGCACUCCGCUGCUGUGGGGUCGAACUGGGGUUCUUUAGGGGAGGAGACGCAAGCAGCAACCUCAGCCGCAGGUGCAGCAGCAGCAACGGGAGAUCCUUGUCUCUUGUCUCAAAGUAGUGCUUGGCUAGUAACUUCUCCGCUGGAGCAGGUUCAGCUUCAGCUUCCUUGUGGUUUCGCUGCAGCAGCCGCAGCUGAAGAGGUCACUGCUGCGUACCCGCAGCACGAGCCUUGCAGGAAGUUUGCUCAGUUGUCGCAGCAGCAGCAGCAGCAACAAGAACGCCCGCUGCCUGAGCCCCCCUUGCCGCUGCAGCAAGAGCCCGAGCAGUUGCAGCAGAAGAAUCAACGGCAGCAGCGGGAGGCAGCUACUCCUGCGAAGCCCCGACGAUUCAGUUCGCCCUUUUUGUGGGGUCGGCGGCGCACAGCUGCUCAGUGCAGCACGUAA